CCAGACCGACUGGUUCAGAACCAGGUGCAGCUCUUAUUGUGAAGGGACAGCUCUUAUUGUGAAGGGACAGCUCUUAUUGUGAAGGCCCCGCCCAGCUGGAGCCUCUCCCUCCCUCCGUCGGGUCGGCGCUCAGCGUCCCGGACCGAAGCGGAACCAUGUCCGUCCUGCUGCCGCUGCUGAUCAGCCUCCUGCUCGGGCUGCUGCUCUGGAUCCUCGGCGGCAGAACCAGGAAGCCAGGCGAGCCUCCACUGGUGAAAGGCUGGAUCCCCUUCGUCGGGAAGGCUCUGGACUUCGGGAAGGACGCUCACAAGUUUCUGGAGGAACAUAGGAGGGAGCAUGGGGACGUGUUCACGGUCCUGAUCGCAGGUAAAUACAUGACCUUCAUCAUGGACCCCCUGCUGUACCCCAGCAUCAUCAAGCAGGGCCGGCAGCUGGACUUCCACGAGUUCACCAAUAAGGUGGCUCCUCUGACCUUCGGCUACCCGCCCGUCCUCGGCACCGCCUUCCCCGGCCUGUGGGAGCAGAUCAGGCGCUCCUUCCAGCUGCUGCAAGGGGCACUGGUGCCGCUGACAGAGAGCAUGAUGGGUAACCUGAUGCUGGUGUUCCGUCAGGAUCACCUGAACGGGGCCAGCGACUGGAGGAGAGGCAGCCUGUACGAGUUCUGCUGCUCCGUCAUGUUCGAGGCCACCUUCCUGACCAUCUACGGCAGACCGGCGACCGGCGUCCGCCACGGAGGGAUGGACCGUCUGAGGAACGACUUCCACAAGUUCGACAACAUGUUCCCGUUCCUCAUCGCUCAGAUUCCCAUCCGGCUGCUGGGGCGGACCCUGGCCAUCCGCCAGAAGCUGACCUCCUACUUCCUGCCACAGCACAUGUCCCAGUGGACCAACACGUCCCAGUUCAUCCAGAGACGAGCCGAGCUGUUUGAGCAGCACGACAAGCUGAAGGACAUGGAUAAAGCUGCUCAUCACUUCGCUAUCCUGUGGGCGUCAGUGGCCAACACGCUCCCCGCCACCUUCUGGGCCGCCUACUUCCUGAUGAGUCAGCCGGAGGCGUUGAAGGUGGUCCGCCAGGAGGUCAUUGACGUCCUGCAGGACAGCGGUGUGGACUUCAGCACCAGCAGCGACAUCAGGCUCAGCAAAGAGCAGCUGGACAAACUCAUCUUUCUGGAGAGCGCCAUCAACGAGAGCUUCCGCCUGUCCUCGGCCUCCAUGAACAUCCGGGUGGCCCAGGAGGACUUCAGUCUGCGGCUGGACUCCGACAGAUCGGUGGGUGUCAGGAAGGGAGACGUCAUCGCCCUGUACCCUCAGAGUCUGCACCUGGACCCCGAGGUCUACGACGACCCACAGACGUUCCGGUUCGACCGCUUCGUGCAGGACAGCAGAGAAAAGACGGAUUUCUCCAAAGAGGGACAGAAGCUGCGCUACUACUUGAUGCCGUUCGGCUCCGGAUCGUCCAUGUGUCCUGGACGGUACUUUGCCAUCAACGAGAUCAAGCAGUUUGUCUGUCUGCUGCUGCUGUACUUCGACCUGCAGCUGGAGACAGGCAACCGACCCGGUCUGGACCCGAGCCGAGCCGGUCUGGGAAUCCUGCUGCCCUCCUCGGAUGUCCAGUUCCACUACAGACUGCGGUCCGUGUGACCCAGAGCGGCGCUGAAGUCCAGAUGUCUUGUUCCCUCUGGAGGUUCUCGGGGUCCGGACUCGGUCCGGAGGUUUGGGUUCUGGUCGGGGUUCGGGUCCUCGUGCCCCCCUGGGACACCUGGAGGCGCUGCAGCAGAGAUCCUGCUGGAGGGAGUGACUGCUAGCAGCGCCUCCUGCUGGUCAAGCUGCAGAACUGUCCCGGAUUAAAACUGGUUCUGAUCCGAUUUGUCAGGGCCAGCCCAAGCCUCCAUGGGGCCCCAAGCCAAAUGUGCUUUUGGGGCCCUCUGGUUCUGCUAACAAUGUGGACCGGCUGCAAUCAGCAGUCUGAUGAUUAGAUCGAUUAAACACCUGCUAUGAACUGAUUGCAUCUCUGGCUGUUUACAUUACAUACAUGUAUAAUAGAUACAAUUAUUGACCAGUUGAUUUCUGGGAGCCGAUUUCCUUCAUUUUGGGGCAUCGUGAUCAGCCGAUACUGACAUGUGAAGCUGAUCUGAUGUCCAUCAUGAUGUCCAUCAUCUCUGUCCUUGUGCAGAGACAGUUGGACUGACAGACCAGGCCAGUCUCAACAUUUACAGCUAAUAUUCACUGUUAGCAACUCAAAGACUUUGCUGCUACAUUCAGAAACAUUUCAGACUCAAUUAAUUCAUAUGAGCCAAAAUCAGCAGGUCAAAGGUCAGAACCAGGAAUCAGCCAGAAAACUGCAAUCGCUGCAGAAACACAUUCAAUUCAUUUCUCUUCAGCUCCAAUAGCUAAAAUCUAAUUUAUACCAGGUGAGUCUUUCUGCCCUGGAAUGUGGACCGGUACCGGGUCGGUUCUGAGCCUCCAAAUGAUUUUUCUCAGCAGCAAACAGCAAAUCAGCUGCAGCAGAGAGCGGCUCGUCCUGCUGCAGCAGCUCGUCCUGCAGCAACUGCAGCCUGACGUCUCAACAUUUAGCUGGACAAUAUCAGAAUCUGAUGAGUUUUAAUUAUUCAUAUCAAACCUGAUCAAACAGUUUGAACCAAAAUACCUGAGAAAUAUCCACCAGGAGAAUCAACUCAUUUAAACUCAGUUUCACACAAAGACGCAGCUUCAAUGUUGUAGAACUGGACCGGUCCGGUCCGGGUCAUAAGGUCAUUUCUGUUAGCAGCUUUAUUAUCUUUACAUUAUAUUAUAAAGACUCAUUAAAACAAACUUUAUCUUGGUUCUUAUUAUUUCAAAAACAAAUCAGUCUAUGAUGAAAUUUUGUGUUUUUGUUAUAACGACAUAGAAAUCAUUACUAACAAAAAAAAAAAAAAUCAGCUCCACUGAGGGGCCCCUUAGUUUGCGCAUGCCUUGGGCCGGCCCUGGGAUUUGUUAUGUCAUUUUAUCCACAGCAGGAAUUUAUUUUCUGUCUCGUGUCUUUUAAUUUCAAUCCUUAUUUUAAUUCAGUGUUCAAUAUUAAACCCAGUGUUUUCUAUCUAUGCUUCAUGUCUUCUUCAAUCAUUUUUGUACCAGCAAGGUUUGGGUCGGAACCGACCCAGAUCUUCUUCACUUCUUGUUUCUUCCAAAUAAAAACUUUGAAAUAUGA